AUGAAAUGUUGGAGCAAGAGCCGGUUGCUGAGCGACUUCUCAAAUCUUCCUGACCACUUCCAUCACUUCUCCCACCUGUGGGUAACAGGUCUCGGAGGCCGCCGCCCAUUGGCCGGGCAGCGGGCCAAUGAGGGCUCCUGCCGCCGCACCCACAGACCUGCUCCAGGCAGCGCCCGGGGCGGAGGCAGCAGCGGCGGGGUGCGGGUUGAGGGAGCUGGGCCUCGACGCCCCCCCUUCAUCCCCGAGGACGGCGACCGUGAGGAGAGACAGAACGGGCGCGUCCCCGGACGCGUGUCUCUGAAGCGGCGGGGCUGGAGAGGCCGGGUUGCAGGCGAGGAGCCCCGACGGGGCGCCCGGGCUGAGCCGCGGGGUGAGCCUGGGGCUCGGCGGCCGAUGGGGUCAGGGCCUGGGGACGCGCCGCGGGCUGACAGAACUGGCGGCGAGGCGGAGCAGGUGACUGACCGCGACGCGCAGGCUACCGCUGCCUCCCCAACGUCGGGCCGCGGCGGCGCUGAGGCGGAGGCCGACAGCGAGGGCCUGUCAGGCGCGCCUCGGGGUCCGGCCGGAAAAAGGAGAGGGAAACCCGGGGGCGGAAGCGCGGGGUCCCCAAAUGAAUGUUCUGGGAACGGAUUCCGGCCGAAAGUCGCGUUCCGUGGAGGUGCGAAUCGCUGCUGGAACCUCAGUGCGGACGCCAGCAGUCGACUAACAGAUGUCUUCAACAGCGUCAUGCUGACGGGCUCCCCUUCCUUCUAUGAUUGCUACAAAUCGCAGAAUGAAGAUAGUGUUGACCUAAGGCAGACCUAUGCUCCACUUUCUUCAUCAACGGAAUAUGCAAGUUCUGUAGAUUCUUCACUUUUCUAUGCACCAUGGUCUACAUAUGGAGAUGAUAUUAAACAGCCCUCUAAUUCUCAGAUCAAUGUAAAGAACAGGAUUCAAACAGAAAGAAAUGACUAUGGUAGUGAAACAGACUUAUAUGGACUUGUGUCUAACAUUUUGGAAGAACAAGAUAAAUCACAGCCAUACUUUGCUGAGGGGACCUGUUCCUCCAAUUUAAAGUCAGUUUGGCCAAUGAACACAAGCAGAUUUGCAGAUCACCAUGACCUCUUAACAGAAACCAAAAGGCCGGUAGAUACAGCCAUCUCUCAGCAAGCUUUUUAUACUGGUGAAUCUGUGUCAGCAGUGGAAAAGCAGUACCUACAUAACAGUAAUCUCAUACCACAACAAAAAAUAGAUGAACUUUAUCAUGGAUUUACUGGUUUAGACCUUGAAGAACAAUGGAUGUACCCCUCACGAAGUGAUCAUUCCAACUGUUACAAUAUUCAGACAAAUGAAACAGCUAAGACAGCAUUUCAAGAAUAUCCAUUUAUCAAAAAUUGUUUUACACCACAAACUGGUCUGUCUGACAUCAUGAAAGAAUCAGGAGUUGAUACUUACUCUUAUGGAAGAGAGAAAAUAUGUGCUAAAGGUCUUGAAGCACCAUUACAGCAAAAGAGGGCAGAGAUAUUUCUUUCCCAAUUUAAUAGGUACAGUGAAAAUCCAGAUUAUUGUAGAUACCCAGAAUAUGCUCAUCCUAAUAAGGCUAAGCUGAGUAAGUGUUCGAAUUUUAGUGUCCAAGAUAGUAAAAAAUUAGCUAGUGCCACACCUGAAGCACCAACUGUAGAAGCAGACACCUACACCAAGUUAUUUCAGGUAAAACCAACAAAUCAGAAAAAAAUGGAGGAGACAAUACCUGACCAGCAGAAUUUCACAUUUCCAAAAACUACACCACAUCUGACAGAAAAACAGUUUGGAAAGGAAGCAGCAUUUACUGCUGAUUUUGGCUUAAAAUCAGAAUAUGGACUAAAACCUCAUACAACUUGUCCAGCUAAUAAUGAUUUUGCUAAUGUCACAGAAAAACAACAGUUUACUAAACCUGACCCCCCAAAUUCUGAGUAUUUUAAAUCAGUGAAUUUACUAGCAAAUUCAGCAACAUCUUCAGGAGGUAUCAACUUAAACAGACCAACAUGGAUGAAUGUCCAAACAAAAAAUAACACUCCUAUUCUUUAUCGAAAUCAAGGUAACUUGAUGAAAUUAAAUUCUCAUUUAAGUGCAGCUUCAAAAGGUUCCAACCAUUCUUCAGAUUUCCCCCAACUAUCAUCUACAAAUUUAACCCCAAAUAGCAAUUUAUUUCAGAAGUAUUGCCAAGAAAACCCUUCAGCAUUUUCUAGUUUUGAUUUUGGUUACAAUGGUGCAGAAAGAAUCCAAUCUGUCAAUCACAUGGAGGGACUGACAAAGACUGGAGAAGAAAAUCUCUUUGAAUCUGUUACCGAUAAAAAAAUAAAGCAGCCAAAUGGAUUUUGUGAUAACUAUUCAGCUCAGCAGUAUGGGAUCAUUGAAAAUGUAAACAAACAUAAUUUUCAAGCUAAGCCCCAAAGUGGACAUUAUGAUCCUGAGGAAGGGCCAAAGCAUUUAGAUGGCUUAUCUCAAAAUACAUAUCAAGAUCUAUUGGAGUCACAGGGUCAUUUUAAUAGCCACAGACAAGGAAGUGGAGACAGCAAUAUUAAUAGCCGUGUGAAUCGCACACAGGUGUCAUGCUUUUCUAAUAAUUAUAUGAUGGGAGAUUUAAGGCAUAAUCAGAGUUUUCAACAACUUGGUUCAAGUGGGUUUCCGCUAAGAUCCACUCAUCCAUUUGGCCAUUCAGUUGUUCCACUGUUGGAUUCAUAUGAUUUGUUUUCUUAUGAUGACUUAAGCCAUUUAUACCCAUAUUUUAAUGAUAUGAUGUAUGGUGAUAAUUCCUUUUCUGGUUUCGUGCCAACUUUUGGAUUUCAAAGACCAAUUAAAACCCGCAGUGGACCAGCCAGUGAACUUCAUAUUCGUCUAGAAGAGUGCUAUGAACAAUGGAGAGCAUUAGAAAAGGAGAGAAAAAAGACUGAAUUGGCCCUUGCGAAGAAUUAUCCAGGGAAAAAAGUAUCCAGUACUAACAAUACUCCAAUUCCACGGCUGACCUCCAACCCAUCUAGAGUUGAUCGGUUAAUUGUGGAUGAACUUCGAGAACAAGCCAGAGUUGUGACUCUACUGGGCAAAAUGGAACGUCUUCGAAGCUCUCCCCUUCAUGCUAAUAUCUCUACAGCUCUUGAUAGGCACUUGGAGUCCAUUCACAUUGUACAGUCACGUAGAAAGGAUGAAAUUGUUAAUGCUUCAAAUCGGCAAAGGCAAGGAGUUCCUAGAUGCCAAGAUGACAGAGAUGUUUUUGCGCUUGCUUCAGCAAUUAAAGAGAUGUGUGUAGCUACUCGGAAAGCGCGUACUACCCUGUGGUGUGCACUGCAGAUGACCUUGCCAAAAACAGCCAGUACAGCUGGCCAAACAGAUGUAGAAAAGGCUUUACAAGAUAUAGUAAACUGUGAAGAUAAAGUCCAUGAAAGCCUAAAUAGUAGCAAUCCAACGAACCAGAGAGGUGAAGCAAACAAACAUUAAGGAGAUGGCAGCAGAAAGAAGAUUAAAAAGCUGAUAAGUAAAUGUAUCAAGACAUGCUAAAAAAUUUUAAUGAACUUGUCAGACUUGAAAAUUUCAUUACAUUAAUUGUCUUUCAGAUUUAAAGUUAGUAAUACCUUAAUGAAGUCUAACUUCUAUUUAAAAAUCUAUUUGGAAUGAAUCAGAUGUAGUUGAAAGUGAGUCGAACGUAAAGUUGACUAUUCUAGGGCAACUAGGAAUUCCCAGGUAGUCAAAGAUAACAAGUUUAAA